AUAAACCAUCCUACAAGUAUUGAACUGAGGUUACUAAUAAUCUAGAGUCCUCAAAAAGAAAAUGGUGAUAAACUAAUACGUGUGUACUUAUGAAGUUGACAAAGACUCCACUGCAUCUGCAUCUGGUGCUGGUUGUAGUUAGGUAUUUUUUUUUUUUUUUUGGAAAUCUCACAAAUAGAGAAUACCCACCAUAAUAUAUCCAAAAUUUUAUAAGGGCAUUUCAAUUCAAUCUCUCCCGAUCCAUCCCCUUUUCCCUCUUAAAACCCCCCUAAAAGCAAAAUAAACCAACCCCUCAACUACCUUAACCACCACCACCAUAAUCUCCCUCUUCACUCUUCCCUUCCCCCAAUUUUACACUAUUUCCUCUUUCACUACCUCUCUCACAAACAACACAGUCCAAAAUCUCCCACUCCUCCAUCUCCAAUCACCAAAAUCCAAACUUUCAACAACUAAAUCUUACCCUUUAUCCCAAACAACAGAAACAAAACAAAAUCCAACACCCCCACUUCUUUCUUCCUCCCAAAAACCCCACCUUUCUCCUUCAAACCCCCAAAUAAAAAAAUAAAAAAAAGACCUUUGUUCUAUUUUAGUUCCCACUUUCAAUGUGGCAACCUCGGAACAAACGACCUUCAUCUAACUUCUCAUGUUCUUCCUUCAAAGACAUCCAAGCCCUCUUCUUAGAUGAACCCACCACCACCACACCCACCAAACCCAAACCCUCUAUCUUCCACCGAGUCACACUCGCCAACUCGCUCCUCCGAGCCUGGUCGACUCACCCCAAACUCGCCCCACGCGCCGCCGAAGAACCCCCACGCGCCGCCCAACCGCACCCUCCGCGCUCGGAGCAGCGCGUGGUGGUGUAUUUCACGAGCCUGCGCGUGGUCCGCGGCACGUUCGAGGACUGCAAAACGGUGCGUUCCAUCCUGCGCGGGUUCCGGGUCGCGCUGGACGAGCGCGACGUGUCCAUGGACUCGGGGUUUCUCGCGGAGCUCCGUCGGGUCGCGGGUCGCAAAACCGGGUUGAGCCUGCCACGUGUCUUCAUCAACGGGAGGCACGUGGGCGGGGCCGAGGAGGUGAGGUGGCUGCACGAGAGCGGCGAGCUCAGGAAGAUGCUGGAGGGUCUGCCCGCAGCGGAUUCGCACCUGCGCGCGUGCCACGUGUGCGACGAUCACAGGUUCGUGCUGUGCGGGGAGUGUUCCGGUGCGCGCAAGGUGUACGCGGAGAAAGGUGGGUUCAGGACGUGUGCGGCGUGCAACGAGAGUGGCCUAAUCAGAUAAUGAUGAAGUUGGAAAAGCCUUAACCAUUGGUAGCUUCAACGCUUUGGAGCUUAAGGAUGCCUUUUCAAUUCCUUACUCAUCUUUCAAUUUUUAAAGAAAGACGUUGUAAUUAAAAUUUCAUGUUAUUCAAUGUUCUAAUCCGUGUCACCUUCUUUAAUCUAGCAUUGUAUUAUGAAUCUUAUUACUAAUAUCUUCCCAUUUGUUUAAUCAAGCACAACAACAAACUAUUCAAAUGUGCACAACAGCACAAC